AUGUUGCAGAACAAGUACCCUGGCAAGGAGAUUUCUCCGCACUUCCUUCGUGCCGAGGUUGUUUUGAAGGACAAUGUGAACAAGUACAAGUUCGACCACCGCUCACUAGGCAACGAGUCUUCGACAGAGAAGAAGCUUGACCGUAACGACCUUGUCUAUGUUACAAUGACACAGCUUUGCUGGAUUGAGUGCGUGGCGGGAGAAGAGGCAACAGCUGCCCUUAAUACUUUUGCGCCAACAACAGAAGAUGCAAAGGAUUUGGAGGCAAUCUAUAACGGCUUCAUUUCCCUAAAGACAGGUAGCAAGGUAAACUUCGAGUCCCUUCCUACACAGCACUUCAAGUAUGUUCCUGAGCGUGUAGGUGAUGACUCGACAGGUGCUCCUGCUCAGUACAAUGUGCUUGAUUCUGCUUAUUCAGGUGUAGAGGAUUUGUACCUUCACGGAACAAAGUCUCACGAGAUUACACUUGAGUUCCCUUCUAAGCCAAAUAUGAAUAUCGAGAAAGCCGGUGUUGUCCGCAAGGCUGUCUUGAUUUUCUACGGCUUCAUUAUCAAGAAUGGAGCAGACGCUUUGAACAAAGCAGAAGGUGUUUAUUUCAAGGGCGAUUUCUCAAGAAAGGCAAGGAUAUUCUUCCCCGAGAAUCUUAGGCUAAGAAACAAGACUAUAAAUUAUAUCUAUGCCUUUGCUUCUCCAGAGCAACUGGAGACUGGGAAUAUCCGAAGAAAGCAGAUUCCCUUCGUUAUGAGAAUGGCAUAUAUACAUCUGCCCUUAAAUUAUAAUGAAGACGACUCUGUCCUUACAGCUAUUGACAGCACAGCUGCUCGAGGAACUUAUGUCUGUUUCGUGAACUCCGAGGAUGAGACUAUGACAAGUCCUAUAUCGAAAAUCACGGAGGAGCAAAAACUGAAGCUAUUCUUUGUCUUUGCCCAGGGAACAGGAUGUCAAGAAGAGGACCAUGUCAGAUACGACCAUCUGGAAGUUCUUGACACAGACCCUAAGAGACAAUGUUAUCCAGAAUGGGCUAAUUAUUGGGAGUGGUCGCCUAUAGGAGUGCGUCGCCUGAUGUUCCCGGAUGUUGAAUGUUUCAGAGGCAAGUCUCUUAAAGCUUUGAACAUCCAUUGCUCAAAAAUGCAAGGAGAUUUUGACUGUGUCUCAACUCCAGCCAACAGAAUGAUCUUCACCGACUACAUUGUGAAUCGUUCGCUACUGACACUUACAGACAAUAACGGCGACGAAAUCAUCUAUAAUGUUCCGCUUUGUGCUUUCCGUCCUGACUUCACGACUAACGGAGCGUUGUUCGGUUUUGCAGACCUAUCUAUUAACUGGAAAGCGUUGCUAUAUCGAGGACUAUUCAGACAAACUUUUGGAUCUGUACAAGUCAAAGACAAUGAGCAACAUUUCUUGCUUCUAUUUCUCAGUUCAAUUAUCUAA